CCUUGUUAUCACAAAUAAAUAACUUCCAAAAAGAACUGAACCAAAGCAAUAAAAAAUGCGGACAAUUGUAUGCACAAUGUCAUCAGUUAGUGUAAGAGCUUCAUGGGACACUCAAGAAAGACUUACUUACAAUCCGAAUGCUCCAAGAAAUCCCAACAAAAAACCCAACAACUUCCCUUCUUUACCCUCACCACCACCACCUUCAUCUUCUUCACUCACUUUCACUGCUCAGUCUGUUUCAGCUCUGCUCAAGCGCAACCCUGUAACUCAAGGGGUUAAGGAGAAAUUUAAUGAUAUGUAUAUGGGAUAUGAGAGAUGGAUGCCUGCUCCACCAAAAGUGGAAAAGCCUCGAACAGUUUAUAAUGCAGCUACUCUUGCAUAUAUUGGUGAUAGCAUAUACGAGCUAUAUGCUCGAAGACACUUUUUGUUUCCUCCUUUGAGUAUUGAUGAAUUUAAUGAACGUGUAAUGGCAGUAGUACGCUGUGAAGCACAGGAUGCAUUGCUUCAGAAGCUUCUUAGUGAUAAUAUCCUAUCAGAAGAAGAAAGAGGUGUCCUCCGUUGGGGGAAGAAUAUUGCUUCAGCUAAAACACGGACGAAAAAGCGUGCUGGAGCAGCAGUUUAUAACAGAGCAUCUUCACUGGAAACAUUAGUGGGUUACUUGUACCUGACAAAUACAAAUCGUUUAGAAGAAAUCAUGCGAAAGAUGGGAUUCUCAACCGGCUUAUCUACAGAAGUGCUUCUGGAAGAAGCUGCUAGUGAGGCAGCAAGCUAGUCAAUUAUGAUCCAGUUAAACUGCAUGGCAUCUGCAGGCAUUUUUGAGUUUUCAUUGUUGAUCGUGUUAUAAAGCUUACGAUAAUUAAUUGUGUACAUGUGUAGCUUCUAGGCUAGAUUGAGAGUUGUAGAACUGAAUUAUUCAACUUUAGCUAUUAGCGAAAAACCGAUUCUGCAAGUCAUAAAACUGCUCGUUUCCUAUCUUGUUUUCAUAUCAUUGAGAGGAGUUGUUUUGAAGAUGCUGCAAAUUAUGAUGUACUAUAUAUCCUUUCAAAUAAUUUGGUAUGUAACUUCUGGUUUUUUAAACUCA